CCGGAGCUCCUCCUCUGCCUGGGUGCCCCUUCUCUGGGGCUGCUCCAGACCGUGCGGGUCACCUCCACUCUCCCUUUGCCUCCCUCUGCCCCCGAGGUCGGGUGGGGACAGGCUGGGGCCACCAGCCAGCUCCAUGGACGGGGACUUUGCCUCUGCUCACCUUCCAGCUCUGGAAAGAAAAGAAGAAAAAAGGUCUGUGUUGAUUUGCUUUUGGGGGAUCCUUCCCCCUCCUAAACUCCUGGGGGCAGAAAAAGUGAUUUGAAAUUUGACCUUGGAAAGACUGUGGAAGAGGGGACAGAAAGAGCCUAGACCAUUCCCCCAGAUGUUUCAGCUGUGACUUCUCCACCGCCCCUUGAUGGGACCCUCCGAAAGGCCAUCCCCUGGCUGGAUGCUCCCGGAAGCAGAGAUGCGAAUUGAUCCCCAGCGGACAGAGAGGAGCAGGGGUUGGAGGCCAGGAGACAGGAGCAACUCCCCUUUACCCCUACCCCCAGCCCUGUCCUUCCUCCUCCUCUUGCCCCUGGCCGGUGCCCUACAGCCCGCCCCACUGCCCUUUCCAGAGCUGAGGCUGGUGGGGGGCCCGAGCCGUUGCCGGGGGCGCCUGGAGGUCUUGCACAGCAGCUCCUGGGGCAGUGUCUGUGAUGAUGACUGGGAUGUGGUGGAUGCCAACGUGGUGUGUCGACAGCUGGGCUGCGGCCUGGCGCUGCCCGUGCCGCGGCCCCUAGCCUUCGGCCAAGGCCGAGGCCCCAUCCUGCUGGACAACGUGGAGUGUGGCGGGCAGGAAGCCUCGCUGAGCCAGUGCCGCAGCCAAGGCUGGGGCGUCCACAAUUGCUUCCACUACGAAGACGUGGCUGUCCUAUGCGAUGGGUUCCUGGCUUUGACCCUUUGUGUGGCCAGAGGCCCUAUGGCAGAAUUCUUGCCCACGCAGCCUCCAACAAGGAAAGUGUUCACGAGUAGGGUGCCCCCUACAACUCCCCAGCAUGGGAAAGGUGAGGGCAGCGUGCGCCUGGUGGGGGGCACGGGCCCGUGUCAGGGCAGGGUGGAGAUCCUGCACGGCGGCCUGUGGGGCACCGUGUGCGACGACGACUGGGGGCUGCCGGAUGCUGCCGUGGUCUGCCGCCAGCUGGGCUGUGGGGCCGCCCUGGCCGCCACCACCAACGCCUUCUUCGGCUAUGGCACGGGGCACAUCCUGCUGGACAACGUACACUGCGAAGGCGGGGAGUCCCGCCUGGCAGCCUGCCUAAGCCUGGGCUGGGGUGUGCAUAACUGCGGCCACCAUGAGGACGCCGGCGCGCUCUGCGCAGUGCUGGGCCUCCCGACUCUCACAGUACUACCACCCUUGGCCACAAGAGAGGACUGGGCCUGGCACACGGAGCCAGAAGCUACAGGAGUUGGUGCCCUGCCUUCCAGGGAGAUGGCACUGUUCACCACCGCUACCUGGGCCGCGGGGAAGAAAAGCGGGCGGCUGCGGCUGGUGGGCGGCCCGGGCCCGUGCCGCGGCCGCGUGGAGGUGAUGUACGCCGGGGGCUGGGGUACCGUGUGCGACGAUGACUGGGACUUCGCGGAUGCACGCGUGGCCUGCCGCGAGGCGGGUUGUGGGCCUGCGUUGGGCGCCACCGGCCUGGGCCACUUCGGCUACGGGCGCGGCCCGGUGCUGCUGGACAACGUGGGCUGCGCCGGAACGGAGGCCCGCCUGAGCGACUGCUUUCACCUGGGCUGGGGUCAGCACAACUGCGGCCACCACGAAGACGCCGGGGCGCUCUGCUCAGGCCCAGAGGAGCUAGGACUGCAAGUCCAGCAGGAUAGUUCUGAGACCACCCGGGUACCCACUCCUCGGCCAAGGGACGGGCACCUGCGUCUGGUCAAUGGAGCCCAUCAAUGUGAGGGGCGUGUAGAACUCUUCCUAGGGCAACGGUGGGGCACUGUUUGCGAUGACGCCUGGGACCUGCGGGCAGCCACUGUCCUGUGCCGCCAGCUGGGCUGUGGCCAGGCCCUGGCAGCUCCCGGCGAGGCCCACUUUGGCCAAGGCCGAGGCCCUAUCCUCCUGGACAAUGUCAAAUGCCGAGGGGAUGAGAGUACUCUUCUGCUCUGUUCUCACAUACGCUGGGAUGCCCACAACUGUGACCACAGUGAGGAUGCCAGUGUCCUGUGCCGGUCAUUGUGACCCAGCCCGUUCUGCAGACCAUCUCUUCUGGGAGCCUGCUGUGGCUUCUCCCUCUUCCUCCAGGAAGCCCUCCUCCUGUGACAACUUCAGUUCACCCUACCCUUUCCUCCUCUUGCCUGGGAGAGAACCCACUCAGACAGUGUGGUCCUGCCUGGAGGAGCCUAGAGCCUGACUCUACCCAUCAACCUUCUUUGUGACCUCACCUGUCAUCAACUACCAUGGGCCCGGUUCAGUGAGAGCUCCCAUUUUCUGCACAGCCAAAACAUAAAAUGGGGGGAAGGGAAUGACUUAACUCUCUUCUUUGGUGGGGCUCCUGUUAUAGCAUCUUCCUGGACCCUGGUCCAGGAGGCUCAGGGGCUCUCUGUAAAUGGGGUAUCUCCCUUACCCCCACCCAUAUUGGGAUUCUCCAAGAAGAGGGAAGGCAAGAGAGGCCCACAGCUCUUACCUUUGACUGUCUGGGGCUGCAGAAGAACCCCGGUCAUUGCCCUGGCCUUCUCCAAGAGGGCCCAGACUCAGAUGGUGCUUGGCUGGACAAGGGGACUGGAGGGGCCAAAGCAGGGACAGUGGCCCCUCCGAGCAGCUGGAACCAGCAUCUCUGAUUUAUGCUGCCCCCACCACAGAGCCCCCACUUUGCAGCAGCAAAGAACCCUGGGGGCCUGUAGCCACCUGUUCAUAGGUGCCAAGUCAAUAAAGCAUUGUCCCCCCCCGCCCCAUCUUUUAACUUGUGGGCACAAGUGCAUCAUUUGUAGCAGCAGGAAAGACUGGUUAGGACUCUGGAGAAAACUGGCUUGGGAAUGGAGGGUAGUUCAAAAGCAUCUUAGGAGAGCUCUCAGCAGGCCCCCACAUCUUGGAAAUGCUGACUCAUGAUACAAGGCCUGGGAGGCCCCAUAGGGUCUCAGAGCCCAUCUCUGCCUUUCUUUUGCAUGUAGAGAAAUUUUUCCACUGAAGGGAAAGGGUCUGCUCCAAGACACAUUGCAAGAUGGGCAGGGUCACAAGAAGCAAAACUCGAGAAGAGGCAGGGAGAUAAGAGCAGAACAGCACUGGGGCAUUCCCAGGGCCUGCUCCUGGGGCAGCUCACCCAGAGCUCCAGGGGCAGAGAGAAGUGGGGGAUCUUGCCAGAGCCCCUCUCAGGCUCAGAGUGAGUAAAAGCAACUCUCGUGGUCAAGCCUCUGUCUUCCAUGCCUGGCCUGCAGGCUCUCUGCUUUCGCGUGGCUGCUGUACCCUGUUA